AACACAAACAAGCUCAUGUUUGCUUCCUCUUCCUCUCUUAGUUCUCUCAUUUUAUAAUUAAGUUCCCCCAAACACUUCAUUUCCAGUUCUAACUUUUUCUCGAAGAAAAUGGAUACUCGCCAAGGAUGUUGUAUGAACUUCUUGAAGAGCUCGAAACCGUAUUUCUUCAUGAUAUCGCUACAAUUUGGUUACGCAGGGAUGAAUAUCAUUACGAAAGUGUCUCUCAACCAUGGCAUGAGCCACUAUGUUCUUGUUGUUUAUCGUCAUGCAAUCGCAACUGCUGUCAUUGCCCCUUUUGCAAUCUUCCUCGAAAGGAAAGCAAGGCCACAGAUUACUUUCAAGACUUUCAUGCAAAUAUUUGUUCUUGGACUCCUUGGGCCGGUGAUAGAUCAAAACUUUUACUAUGCGGGUCUCAAGUAUACAUCCCCCACUUUCUCUUGCGCUAUGAGCAACAUGCUCCCUGCCAUGACAUUUAUUCUUGCGGUUAUAUUCAGGAUGGAGAAAAUAAGCCUGAAGAAGCUAAUAUACCAAGUGAAGGUGGCAGGAACAGCAGUUACAGUGGCUGGGGCUAUGUUGAUGACCUUAUACAAAGGACCGAUUGUCGAACUUUUCUGGUCUAAACAUGGCCAUAAUGGCGGAAGCAGCGAAGCCGGAACAGAAACAAGUGACAAAGAUUGGUUGAAGGGUUCCAUUCUUCUCAUCAUUGCCACUUUUGCAUGGGCUUCUCUUUUCAUCCUUCAGAAAGCAGCUCUCAAGACAUACGAAAAACAUCAGCUUACAUUGACGACAUUAGUUUGUUUAAUGGGAACACUACAGGCCAUCGCUGUCACUUUCGUCAUGGAACACAAACCAUCAGCUUGGUCCAUUGGAUGGGACAUGAACCUUCUUGCUGCUGCUUACGCGGGUAUUGUGACAUCAAGUAUCUCAUACUAUGUACAAGGACUUGUGAUGAAAGUGAAAGGACCUGUUUUUGCAACUGCUUUUAGCCCUUUGAUGAUGAUCAUUGUAGCUAUCAUGGGUUCUUUCAUUUUAGCUGAAAAGAUCUAUCUUGGCGGUGUGGUUGGUUCGGUUUUGAUUGUAAUUGGACUCUACGCCGUUCUAUGGGGAAAAUACAAGGAGGGAAAGGAAACGAAAGAAAACAAGACAAUCGAAGAAGCUAUAAAGGAUAAUACGCAAUAUCAAAAAGGAGGAGCGAUUAAUCCGACUUGCAACCAUGAGAUGAAAGUAGUAGAUAUUAAUGAAUUAGAAGAUGGAGAAUUUGAUCACAAAAAACAAAAGCUUUCUAAUUCAUCAACCAUUACCACCAAACCCGACCAAGAGGUGUAAUUCACUUGCUAAAAGGGAAAAAAAAUAUCCCUUUUUUUUUUUGUAUUUUGUGUUUUGUGUACUCCACUCAUUCUCUCUUUUGUUUUCUUUUGAGUUAUGGGUUUAUCUUGUUUAAAUAUGCUUAUGGAGGAUGAAUGAAGAGAGUUAUAUAAUUAUUAUGUGAACAUUGAACUCAAUUGUGUA